AUGUCAGAUUUUGGAUUCGAUAAUUAUCAUGGUGGAGGGUUCAACAAUACAUCUCAAGGUGGUUUUACUACUGAGCAUGCUGGAUCAUCGCAGCGUCAAACAGCAACCCAAGUUAGACAGAGUUUGACCCCUGUAACAAUCAAACAAAUCAACGAUGCGACACAACCAGUCCCAGACGCCGAGUUCAAAGUUAAUAAUGUCGAAUUAAAUAUGAUUUCAUUUGUUGGUGUUGUACGUAAAGUUGAAAAUAUGAAUGCAUCUAUUUCGGUGACUAUUGAAGACGGAACUGGGUCUAUUGAUGUACGUAAGUGGGUGGAUGAAGCCAUCAGCACGGCCGACGAGGAAUGCCAAAAGUACAGUGAGUUGAAAGAUAAAUAUGUUUUUGUGGGUGGAUCUUUGAAACAGUUUAGCAAUCGUAAAACUGUCCAGAAUGCGUCUAUUUCCCCAAUAACUGACAGCAAUCAAAUUGUGUAUCACCAUUUGAGUGCAAUUGAGCACCAUUUGAAAGCUCAAGGUAUUUCGACAACUGGUGCUGGUGGACAAACAACAAAUGCUACCACCAGUGCUGGUAGCGGAUUGUUUGUGGAUAACCCAACUACUCACUCAAAAGGUACAGGGUCAAUGACGGACCAGGUGUUCGCAGUAUUGAAAGAAAGCAGUAAUACCAUGCAAGCAGGUGUUCCAGUUGACUACAUUAUUGAAAAAUUGAAUAUUACUAAAGAAGAAUGUCUUUUGCAUGUUGGCAAAUUGCUUGAAGAAGGCAAAGUUUUUGCUGGUUAUGAUGAUAACGCUUAUGUCUGUCUUUGA